UUCUUUCCUGUACAAUCAUGUCGUUUCGCGAUCUAAGAAACUUCACGGAGAUGAUGCGUGUGCUCGGAUAUCCGAGAUUAAUAUCAAUUGGAAAUUUUCGUUUACCGAAUUUUCCAUUAGUCGCGGAAAUUCUUAUUUGGCUGGUGAAAAGAUUCGAUCCUGACGCUGAUGUUCCCACUGAGCACAAUACCGAGGAAGAACGUAUUGCUUUAAUACGUGCUGUUGCUGAAUUUAUGGCGCUGAAAACGAACGUCAAAUUGAAUACAAAGAAACUGUAUCAGGCGGAUGGCUAUGCCGUGAAAGAAUUAUUAAAGGUAACAUCGUUGUUAUACGACGCUCAGAAUAAUAGUAACAAUAACGACGUAACUUCGGAGGACGAUUUUAACGUAACCAAUUUUGAUAUCUCCGAUAAAAUUAAUGAAUUAAAAUCGACUAGAGAAUUGGCUAGGCAGUUGACCGCCACUGGCGCGUCGUUAUUCGACUUGUUAGGGCGCGAAGUUGAUCUACGAGAAGUUCGUAACACCAAAGUUGCCAGACAGUUUGACACGACGGAAAUCGAAAUGGCAUUGAAAAACGUCAUCGACAGUAUGCGCAAGGAAGUGGACGAUACCAAAAAGCAAAUCGAUAAUGUCAAGGACACGGAGCAAAACUUGGACGUGAGGAUCGAGAGGCGGCGCAUGGAACUCGACAGAAAUCAAAAGAGACUGCAAACGUUGAAAAAAGUACGCCCUGCAUUCAUGGAGGAGUUUGAUAAGUUGGAAGUCGAGCUGAGAUCGUUGUACGACGAUUAUUUGCAAAAGUUUCGUUAUCUCGCGUACCUCGAGCAUUUGUACGAAGACUCUGUCAAAGCGGAACAGGAGAGAUUCGAAAGGCGGCAAGAAGCAACUAGGAAGCAGUUGGAGAAAAUGAGGGCGGAGGAUGCGAAUUUCGAGAGUAUAAUGGAAGGAAACGAUUCUAUAUUAGCUUCGAAUCUUCAAGAACCUCCACCUCCACUCGCUGAUACCGAGAAACAAAGUACCGAGAAAAGAGCUCCGAGUAGCCGAUUAAAGUCAGCUGGCCGGGCGUCGAGGAUGCAAAUCUCUCAACGCCGAAUCUACGGGAGCAUGUCGGGCCGUCAAAGGGGAACAAUCCAAGAAUCGAACGACAGUGGUGGCUCGCUGGACAGCGACAGCGACCUGUUGAUCGACGGUGAUCUCGACGACGACGAUGACGACGACGACGACGAAGAGGACGACGACGACAUAUUGGACUCUGUGGGAGGAGCUGAGAUCGGGAAUUUUGAUUUGAAGGUUGGACAAGAAAAACGAGCCGUUAGUAAGCUAGAUCAUUCGGAUGAGGAUUUUUAA